ACGCCAUACGGCCCAUUACGGAGCCCACUCUUGCUAGACUGGCUGACGCUUCGGGCCGUCGUCGUCACAGCGAGCCGCGCCUCGCCUAGUCGCUUCCCACUGCGCGCCGCCACGCACCAGCCCAGCCAGCCAUGGCGUUCGCCGCGCGGAGGAGCAUCGCCACCCGGCUCUCUCACCAUCUCACGCGACGCCUCCAUCCCUGCGUUCCACAUUCGCGUACCUCCGACUCCCUCGACGAGCAGGCGUCGAGACCCUCGCCACCGCUCCCGCUCCCGCUCCCACCACUUCACGUCCAGCUCAAGCAACGUUCUAGAGAAGUCCAAAUCCUAGGCUUCCUCCCUUUCUCGCUCCGCCUCGCGGGGCCAACCCGCCGCACCUUCUCGUCCUCAGCCCCCGCCCCCAACCUCGAGGCGGCACCAGCCGCCGAGGUCGAUGCCGCGGGCGUGCUUGCGGAUGCAGCGGAGGCGGCGGCGUCAGUGCCAGCGCCGUUCCCAGGGGAGGUAGCCGCCGCGGCUGCGGACUCAUUCCCCCCUGUUGCCGCACUUCAGCACAUUAUCGACGCUAUCCAUACCUUUACCGGGCUGAACUGGUGGGUGUGCAUCGCGCUGACAACAUUUAUUAUCCGGAUCGCCACAGUCCCGUUGCUCGUGAACCAGUUGAAGGCCACGACGAAGCUAAGAGCAAUAAAUCCAGAGAUGGAAGUCAUUAAAGACCAGAUGAAUAGUAUGGAUCCAAAAUCAGUGCAGGAGGGACAAGCUAAAAUGAAAGCGCUGUUCAAAAAACAUGGUGUUAGUCCACUUACUCCAAUGAAAGGACUCCUGAUCCAAGGGCCAAUAUUCAUGAGCUUUUUCUUUGCCAUAUCAAACAUGGUUGAGAAAGUACCUUCAUUCAAAGGAGGUGGAACAUUGUGGUUUACUGACCUGACGACUCCAGAUUCUCUUUACAUCUUGCCUAUGUUAACAGGACUGACCUUCUUGGCCACAGUGGAGCUUAACUUGCAAGAAGGAAUGGAGGGAAAUCCUAUGGCUGGUAAAAUGAAGUACUUUUCUAGAGGAGUAGCUGUUUUGACAGUCCCAUUUACAAUGAACUUUGCCACGUUUUCUGUUACUGGACCUCAUCAAACAUAUUCACCCUGUUAUAUGGUCUUGUUAUCCGGCGACCAGCUGUGAGGAAGUGGUUUGAUCUUCCUGCUUUGGAAAAUACGCGUUCGCUCACGGCAAAGCCAGUAUUCAAUAUGUUUGGUGGAUCCAAGGCAAUACCAGCCGCACAGUCACCAGUAGCGAUCGCAGGAGCCCAGCAAUCUGGUCUGGACCAACCUGAUGCUUCUGCUCUUGGCUAUAAGGUCAAAAAUCUUGAGAAGAAAGUGAAAUCCAGGGGUAAAUCUCGGAAACACAGGUAAAAUUUUGUGCAUCUGUGCCCCAGAUGAGCAAUCUGUACUUCCACCAUCGGAAUGAUGGAUACUUGAUUUGUCCUGAUAUGCCCCCCAAAAAUCAGAUUUUGUAUUAGGAACCUAUCUUUUCGUCGUUUUUGGCUGCUUUUGUUUUGAUUUUUCAGGGGGGGGCGGGGGUGAAAUAAGCCACAUAAAUGUUUGACUUAGUACCAGAGUUGAUUAUACACAAAAUGUAUUUCAGUAACUUGUGAUAGUUAAAACAUUGGAGGGUCAUCUUCCAAGGAUUGGUAUGAAAGCUACGUUGAAGUUCAGGGACAGUCAAUCAACUUUUGAGGCACCAUUCGACAUUCUGUAGCAAUUGGCAAUUAGGUUCAAAGUGUGCUGGGCAGAAUUUUGUGGCCUGAAUGAAUAUUGAGUUUGUAUGUACUAAACUGUCUUAGAAUACCAUUUACAGGACGUUUGGAUCCUUUCAUUUUAGAGGAAUUGGAAUUCACUCAAUAAAGUAACUUAUUUAGUUUGGAA